UCGCUUCAUCUUAUUCCAUUUGCAACCAUGGCUUCGACAAGUUGGAUCGUAUUUGGGUUAAUUUGCCUUCAAGGUACUCUUGGAGGAUUAACCAGAUCAUCAAGACUUCACCCAGAUUGGGGUCUCAAUGUUGUUGAAAUGUUAGAAAGACAAGGUUACCCAGUUGAAGUGCAUCACGUAACCACACCCGAUGGUUACAUUUUGGGUAUGCAAAGAGUUCCAUAUUCCCCAGGAAUUAACGAGGAUGUUCAAAAUAAACCCGUUGUUUUACUUAUGCACGGUCUUGGUAGUAGUGCGGCUGAUUUCGUUAAUAUGGGACCUGGAAGAAGUCUUACUUAUCAUUUAGCCGAAAGAGGUUAUGAUGUUUGGUUGGGAAAUGCCAGAGGAACUACUUGGUCUAGAAAUCACACAACUUUAGAUCCUGAACUUCAAGAUUUCUGGUUAUUCAGUUGGAAUGAAAUUGGGACGAUCGAUCUUCCAGCUAUGAUUGAUUACAUCACCGAAACUACUCAACAAGAAAAAAUUUUCUAUAUCGGACAUUCUCAAGGAACAACCUCAUUCUUUGUUAUGGGAGCUGAAAAACCCGAAUAUAACGAUAAAAUUAGACUUAUGGCCGCUUUGGCACCAGCCGCUUAUAUCCCCAAUUUACUUAGUCCACUUUAUAGGAUUUUAUCUCCUUAUUGGGAAGAUUUAUUGCCAUAUUUCGAUGAAUAUUCAAUCUGGGAAUUGGGACCUCACUCAAGUCUCAUUGAUACAAUUGGAAAAACUUUCUGCGAUGAAGGAAUUCCAUACCAAGAAAUUUGUUCCAACUUAAUGUUUAUUUUCACCGGUUUCAGUUAUGAUCAAAUGGAUGCUAACAUGAUCCCUGUUAUGAUGUCAAACGCACCAGCUGGAGCAUCAAUUCGCCAAUACGUCCAUUACGCCCAAAGCAUCAAAGAAGGAUUCUUUAGAAAAUACGAUUUUGGAAUGGUUCAAAAUUUAAAUAUUUACGGUCAAGCUACCCCACCAGAUUACGAUCUUGGUAAAGUUAGUGCUCCAGUUGCUUUCUUCUAUUCAGCUAAUGAUUGGUUGGUUCAUUUAACGGAUGCUGCCAGAACUAAGAGCGAACUUGGUAAUGUCGUUUUGGAUCAUUUGGUCGAACAUAAAACUUUCAGUCACAUCGAUUUCCUUUUUGGAAAGAACGCAACUGAAUACGUUUAUAAUUAUCUUUUUGAUGUUUUCGAACAAUAUUAAUUUUUUUUUAAUAAAAAAACCAAAUAUAUAUAUUUUUUAA